GAUCUUUCCAGAGUGAUAAGCAUGGUUCGAGAACAAAAAUGCGUAUUAUGUCACAUUGUGUACAACUCAAAAAAGGAGAUGGAAGAACACAUGAGAAGCAUGCUUCACCACAGAGAACUUGAAAACCUGAAGGGAAGGGACAGCAACCAUGAAUGCCGGGUGUGCAGGGUGACACUGGUGGGUUUGUCAGCAUAUGCCAAGCACAUCUCCAGCCAGCUGCACAAAGACAAUGUUGAUGCCUAUGACAGAAAAGAGGAAGAGAAAGAAGAGGCAGAAGAAGAAUACCUUGACAAAGAACUCAUUCAACUAAUCAAGCAAAGGAAGGAACGGAAUCGGCAAGCUGAACCAAACUGUGCAAACCAAGAAUUAGAAUGUGAUGAUAGGAGAUUACAGAGAAGGCGAGAAGAGCGAGCUACUUAUAAAGAAAGAGAAGCUUAUGAUCAAUCAUCCUGGCAUCAUCACAAUGCAUCACAAAGGGACUGGAAGUGGGAAAAGGAUGAUUAUAUUGGCUCUAGACAAGGCAAAUUUUCACACUCUCAGAGGAACCUUAAUAUAAACAGACAUUCAGGUGGCCCAAGAGGACGCUCUGGGUGGCACCAAAAUGUUUCAGGAAGCUCUUCAAAUAGACAUAACUAUGGGAAUUCUGGAAAUGUUUGGCAUCCAAGUGGGCGGGGAGGAGGAACACAAAGUUGGCAUCACAGUGCCAGGGAGAGAAAUUCUACUUGGCACUCAGAAGGAACAGGUCAUUUUUCUAGCUGGAAUUCCAAGAGUUAUGGAGGAAACUGGAAAUCUAGUCCUCAUGGUGCAAAUAGCUGGAAUUUUGGAAACUCAGGAGAUACAUAUUCGGUAGAGCCAAUUAAAUACAAUAAGGAAAGAUAUGCAUGGCAGCGGCAGGAGAAAGACAUUGAUGUUCUGCCAUACAGAGAUCGAAAAAAUAGGAGUGACUUGCUUGAUUUUACUAGCGAUAAACUUCCUUCUGAGGGGGCAUUGGAUUUUGGUACGUCGAAGCAACCAGAAAGCAAAACUUCAAGAGCCAGUGGAAAAAGUGGUAGUCCUUCCAGAGAUAAAAUGUAUCGCUGGACUCCCUACCCAUCCCAGAAAGCUGCAGAGCAGCAACCACGAUCUGAAGAUAAUGUUUCUAAAACUCCAGAUAAAAUAGAUUCUGUAUUUAUGCCUCUUACUGAUUCAUCAAUGAAAGGAAAAACUUCUGAAGCCAAUGUUAGCCUUUCAAAACUCAAAAAGCAGGAAGCAUCUUCCUCUUCUAAUGUAACCUCAGAUCACCUUGGUUCUUGCAAGGUAAUGGAAGACUGUUCCAGUGGUGAAAAGCCUGACAAAGAUGAUGGCAGAAGUAAUAAGAUGCCAUCACUGAAAUCCCCUCUUCUGAAUAUCACAGAUAGGAAGUUAUCUUCCCCAAAGCAAGACACAGGCAGUCUCUUAAAAAAUGUCAAGCUUCUGUUAUCCUCAACUAGUGGCGAAGAGCAGAAACAUUUGAAUGCAGUGAACUUGGAAACAAACAGUUUCUCCUCUUAUUCUCCGAAGCUGCAUGGUGCAUGUCCUGGUAACUUACAAGACAACAAAGAUGUGCUUGGUAGCGAUCUUGGAGAGCCUGUUAAUAACUCAAGUGAAGCAGAACAAAACCCCAAAGACGUUCAGUCCAAUCAUUCCUUGCAAAAUCUUCCUUUAAGCUCUUGGAAGGAUUCAAGUGACCAGAAUAGGGAAGAAACUGGGAAAGCAUCACCAAAAAACGAGUUCAGACUAGAUUCGUUAGAAGAGGUGAGCGAUGAUGAUCUAACGGUAAAUGAGAAGUCAGAAGCAAGAGUCGAAAGGUUGGGUUCUUCUGUUAGUUCUUGUUUACCCUGUGACACUCCAGAAGCUAAAUCUGCCACCUCUGAAAAGGAAGAUGAUGAAAAACCUGCUGCUUCAAGUAUUAUUUCUGCUGAUCUAAAAGAUUCUACGUUUCAGAUGGAAUCCACAGUUUCUCCAUCAAGUGGUCAGGACCAUUUGCAUGUGGAUUUGAAAACCUCCUUACAGGAUGGAGAAGGGGAUGAAGAGCAUGUCAAGUCACAUGAUCACUUUGAAAUGGAAGGUUUUGAAAAUCCUUCAGAUCAUGAGCUGCAAAAAGGAGGAGGCCAGUCACUAGGCCUGGUUCUUCCUGAUUUAAGCAAACUUGGCCUCCCUGCAUCUCUGCAAAGAGACUUGACACGACAUAUUAGUCUGAAGAGCAAAGUCGGGACACAUCUCCCGGAGCCCAAUCUCAAUAAUGCACGGCGCAUUCGGAAUGUGAGUGGCCAUCGGAGGAGUGAGACUGAGAAGGAGUCAGGGCUUAAACCCACCCUCAGACAGAUUCUUAGUGCUUCCCGGAGAAAUGUAAACUGGGAUCAAGUCAUCCAGCAGGUAACCAAGAAGAAACAGGAACUUGGCAAAGGUUUACCAAGGUUUGGCAUAGAAAUGGUGCCUCUUGUUCAAAAUGAGCAAGAGAGUCUAGAACUUGGUGAAGAAUCUGAUCUGUCUACUCUGGAAGGAUUCCAGUGGGAAGGGAUUUCCUUAGCAGUGCCUGGCUCAGCCAGAAAACGUAGCUUUUCUGAAAGCAGUGUUAUUGCAGACAGAAAUCCUUCUGCUUAUAGCUUCUUCAGUGAACAAGCCAAAAUAAAAGAAAGUGGACAAAGGCAAAUAUUUGCAGCCAGCCACUCACACCACAUAACAUCUGGGUAUGAGGCAAGCCCUGACAUUGAGGCUGACUUGAAACGGGAGACAUCUUCUCUUCCUUUGUCACCGCUUAUGUCUGAAAGAACUGAGACUACUGGAAGGAGACACAGCCUACAGGCCACCUCUGAGGUCACAGGCCUCACAAAACAAGACCAGGAGAGCCCAGAGAAGAGAACACCCCUUCUUGAAAAACAAAAUGUACUAGAAAUCUCAGGAGAAAAUCAUCCAACUUCAAAUAAUGCCUCACUUCUUGCAGUGUUUAAUAACAUAGAUGCAGCUACAGACAGUAGCUGCACAUCUGGUACUGAGCAGAAUGACAGCCAAGGAAUUGGAAAGAAACGAAGAGCAACCGGAGAGGGAUCGUCUCCUGAAAUCCCUAGUCUAGAAAGAAAGAAUAAGAGAAGAAAAAUCAAAGGUAAAAAAGAACGUUCUCAGGUAGACCAGUUGUUGGCUAUUUCGCUGAGGGAAGAAGAGUUAAGCAAGUCACUGCAUAGUGUGGACAGCAGUCUCUUGCAGGCUAGGGCUGCCCUGCAGGCUGCAUAUGUUGAGGUUCAACGGUUCCUUGUAUUAAAGCAACAGAUAACCAUGGAAAUGAGUACACUGAGAAGUCAGAGAAUCCAGAUCUUGCAGGGGUUACAAGAAACAUAUGAACCUUCUGAACUGUCAGAGCAACUUUCCUGUAGUGUUUUAAGUGAGAGAAGAAAUAGCAAAUCUCAGAUGGCAGCUGACUUAAUUCCUGCAGGUUCCUUCCUGCCCCUUUUGGACACUUUGUCUUCUUCUGUACCUCCACUGGGAGCUUCUGUUCAUGUAAAUGUACCGUCACCAUUCCAGUCUUCUGGCAUCACACUCACCGCUCCUCCUGACACCUCAGUACAAGUUAAACGAGAACCUGUGUCUCCAAAAGGCUUAGAAGAAAACGUAAAUUCUGUACUCCAGAGCUCUCCAUGUGCUUCACAAGCAGAAGAGGUGGAGCAGAAGGAUGAGACCAACCAGAAAACUUCAGUGUAUCCAGUUAUCUCUGCAACCAUAUCCCUAUCGGAGCUGGCAGCUUGUUUCCAACGCGCUAAUCAAGAUGUUCGUAAGCCUGCUGUGGACAGGGGAAAGGCUGGACUUCCUGAGAACCCUUCUCCUUGUUUACUGUCUGUUUUCAGCAAGAGGGAAGCAAAUGAUACAGUCACUGGAAGCUUUUUACUGGAUCAGUGUAGUAGUUCUCUUCCAAAGCAUUCAGUCCUUCUAGAAAUGCCAAUGGAUAAAACCCCCAGAUUGUCAGCAGAACCAUCUGAGCAACAGACGGCAACCACUGUAGUCGCAGCAGAAAAAGGGAACAGGAGGAGGAGGAAGUUAAGGAAGAAGAAAACUCUGAGGGCAGCCCAUGUGCCAGAGAACAGUGAUACAGAACAGGAUAUAAUUGACUCUAAGCCUGUCCGGAAAGUUAAGGGUGGAAAGGUGCCUAAAGGAGAAAAAGUUACUACAUCCACUCCUCCAAGACAGGAGGUUGGAGCUACCACUCAAACAGCAAGAAACAAAGAUGAGAAUGACAGCGAUGCUUCUCUGGAACUAGUUGAAGUUCCAGCACCCCAGUGUGAGGUGGUUGACGUUGGUUCAUCAGAGUCAGGAGAUGAGAAACCAGACAGUCCAUCAAAGAGGGAUUCACGCAGCUCUGUGGAUCAAGCAGUCCUGGAGGCAUCUUGCUCUGGUUAUGAUGAAGUGAGCUCUACCAGCGAGAUUGGCACAAAUUAUAGGGAUGAUGGGAAAAGAAGUGUGGCUGAGACGCAGACUUCCAUAUCAUCGCUAAGAGGAUCAAAGAACUCGUCAGAAGUGUCUUCGGAGCCAGGUGAGGAUGAAGAACCUACGGAGGGAAACUUUGAGGGACACCUGGCUGCAGUGAAUGCUAUUCAGAUUUUUGGGAAUUUGUUGUAUACCUGUUCAGCAGACAAAACAGUUUGUGCUUACAGUCUGGUUAGCCGGAAGUGUGUGGCCAUCUUCGAAGGGCAUACAUCAAAAGUGAACUGCCUCCUGGUCACUCAGACAAAUGGGAAGAAUGCUGCACUCUACACUGGCUCAAGUGACCACACUAUCAACUGUUACAAUAUCAAGACCAGAGAGUGCAUGGAACAGUUUAAAUUGGAAGAUCGGGUGCUCUGUUUACAUAGUAGAUGGCGGAUCCUUUAUGCAGGCCUUGCAAAUGGCAGCGUGGUUACUUUCAGCAUAAAGAACAACAAGCAGGUUGAUACUUUUGAAUGCCAUGGCCCUAGAGCAGUGAGCUGUCUAGCCACAGCUCAGGAAGGAGCACGCAAGUUGUUGGUAGUGGGCUCCUAUGACUGCACUAUCAGCGUGCGAGAUGCGCGCAACGGACUGCUUCUCAGAACCUUGGAAGGUCACAGCAAGACUAUACUCUGCAUGAAGGUUGUGAAUGAUCUGGUAUUUAGUGGCUCCAGUGAUCAGUCUGUCCAUGCCCACAACAUUCAUACUGGAGAGCUGGUACGGAUCUAUAAAGGCCAUAACCAUGCAGUAACGGUUGUGAACAUUCUUGGGAAGGUGAUGGUGACAGCAUGUCUGGAUAAACUUGUUCGUGUUUAUGAGCUACAGUCACACGACCGCUUGCAAGUCUAUGGAGGCCACACAGAUAUGAUCAUGUGUAUGACCAUCCAUAAGAGCAUGAUCUACACUGGAUGCUAUGAUGGCAGUGUCAGAGCUGUGAGGCUUAAUUUGAUGCAGAAUUAUCGUUGCUGGUGGCAUGGAUGUUCACUGAUCUUUGGAGUUGUGGACCAUCUGAAACAACACUUGCUAACUGACCACACCAACCCAAAUUUUCAGACCCUAAAAUGUCGUUGGAAGAACUGUGAUGCUUUCUUUACUUCCAGGAAAGGCUCCAAGCAGGAUGCUGUAGGACACAUUGAAAGACAUGCUGAGGAUGACAGCAGGAUUGACUCAUGAAGCUUUUCACCUCCCACAUUGGGAAGUAAUUUUAUAUGUCAGAAUUAUUCCAAACAACAUCAAUUUCUUACUCCAGUCUUUCCCUUUCUUUUCCCACUUGGAAUGCAAAAACGGAGUGGGGAUGAAAUGCCUUGCUACAGAAACUGCAGGUUGUGUUGCAGUCUGUAGAAAUAAGGCUGAUCAAUUAAGACUUGGCACAGAUGGAAGAUUUUUGCAAGUUUUCAGUUCUUUGACAGAUAAGAAUAUUCACUCCUCUUGUCUGCCUUGGUUUUGUGUUCUUG